UCCACCGCAGCCCGGGGACCGGAGGGGGCGGUAGUUUCCUGGCAGUUUCCCGUCGGACAACAAAAAAAAAUAUAUAUCAAAGUGGAAGAGAACAUCCAAAAAAAACAAAACCCACAGAUCAUUUUAGAGGAAGCCACCUGGGGUCCAGACUUUGAUCGUGAGAAUUCACUAUCCAAAUAAUCCAACGCUUCACUCGGUCUCUGCUCCCGAUCCAAACCAGAGAUGAGCACCGAGAAGACUGAAUAUACUCCCGUGCAAGGGGGACCCCCUCCGCCUUACCCCCACGGGAUGGCAGCAUAUCCUGCAGCAUAUCCUCCCGCAUAUGACAUGAACAUGCAAGGCCCAAACAUGUUCAUGGGCCCUGCUCCCGGUGGUCUCCCUUUCCCUCCACCAACUGCUUUUGCACCGGGUGUACCUGGAGCUUUUGGGAUCGCCACGAACCCCCAAGGCGGCUAUGGCGUCAAUCCGUCUUCUUCACCAUAUUCUCCACCAGUCCAGGGUCCUAAUGACAACUUCAGUAAUGAUGUCUACCCUAACCAGGAUGAUCCACCAGCCUUCCAUGAGAAUCAAACCUUUGAUUUUGGACUAGAUAACAAGACCAUAAGGAGAGCCUUUAUUCGAAAGGUAUUCUUGGUGUUAACGGCUCAACUGUUGGUGACGUUCGCCUUUGUGGCUGUUUUCACCUUUGUGGAAGAAGUCAAGAGUUUUGUCCUGGUGAAUGCCUGGACCUACUUGGUGUCCUACGCUGUGUUCUUUGUGUCAGUGUGUGUGAUCAGCUGCUGUGGAAGCGUACGCCGAAGACAUCCUUGGAACCUGGUUGCAUUGUCCAUCCUGACUCUCAGUAUGUCCUACAUGGUGGGAAUGAUUGCCAGCUUCCAUGAGACUGACUCAGUGAUCAUGGCAGUGGGCAUCACAGCAGUUGUGUGCUUCACAGUGGUCAUCUUCUCUUUGCAGACCAAGUACGACUUCACUUCCUGCCACGGCGUGCUUUUCGUCUGUUUAAUAGUCCUGAUCUUCUUCGGCAUCCUCUGCAUUUUCAUCCGUGACAGGAUUCUACACAUUGUGUAUGCUGGACUGGGAGCUUUGCUUUUCACCUGUUUCUUGGCGGUUGACACGCAGCUGCUGCUUGGCAACAAGGAACUGGCCCUGAGUCCAGAAGAAUAUGUCUUUGCUGCUCUUACCCUGUACACAGACAUCAUCAACAUCUUCCUCUAUAUUCUUGCUAUCAUUGGAAGAGCAAGGGGGGGCUGAGCAGGAAGAACAGACAGAAUUGUUUUGAGUUCUUGUAAAGAAAAAAAGAAGAAGUGAAUUCCUUUAAUCUUGAUUUUUAUUUUGUCUCGUAGUGUGUAUUGUGUGUUAGUGUGUCACAUAGUUUAAGAUUGCUUUGCUUCACCUUGUGCAGAUGUUUUAUAUGGUAAUAUAUAGUGUCUUUGUUGUAGUUUGGGGCUUUAAUGAGGUGUAUGUCCUGUGGUACAAAACUUCAUCAUGGUUCAGAAGAAAAUUGACAAAACAGUCCACUUACUUGCUUUUCCAGACCUUUCAACUGUGUCACACAGUCUUCAUCAGAAGAAGGGUUUUGCUCACUUGACAUGGGGAUGAACCCUUCUACACCCUAGCCCAGUGGCAGUUAUGAUUUCAUCCAUUGCACUUUUAGGGUUUCUUUUCCAGGCUAGCUGCUUCAGUGGAUGAAGACCUUGUGAUAUGGUUUAAACAGGAUAAAGCUAGUAAGUGGACCAUGAGUUGGGAUUGAUUUGUCAAACUACUAGUUCCAGGGUCAAGAAUGAACUUAAACUAUAGGUCAACAUGUAUGAGAACAGCUAAAAAAGUGCAGUGGAUGAAUUGGGAACAGUUGAUGAGUUUGAAUGUCAGCAGAUUUGUCUCCAUGACAACCAAACUAAGAUGGUUGAAAAGCUAAAUUCACUCUGAGUUGAGAUUGAGAUUUUUGUCAAACUACUAUUUUCAAUGUAAACAAAAACUUUUAAUAGGUAAAUAUAAAGGUUCUUUUCAAAGCCUGA